AAGUUGAGUUUGUGUUCAAUUGAAUUGAAUUGAGUUUAGUUUAUUGUCAUGUGUACCAAGGUACAGUGAAAAGCUUUUUGACCAAAGGAUUUUGUCAUAUAUCAGAAUCGAAACCUCACCUCUGAUUAUUACUGUAUAUUACAUUCAUUGUGACAGUAAUUCAAAGAGCCCAGCUUCAUUCAAUUCCAUUUCCAAGGCACUCCUUCAAAGAUUCCAUAGAAUAAGCAAGUCCUUUAAAAGCUUUGCCAUCACUGAAGAAAGGAAGGUUACCAUGGAGACUGAACCAUGAUUUUGUUUCCAGUCACCAAGAUAAAAUUUGUUUCUGUAGCAACACGUUACUCGAGGGAAGAAAAUACGACUGGUGCACUGAGUAAUGUACUGUUGUGAUAGUGCAGGGUUAUUACAGAGUUCUUUGUACUGAAUCUUAAGCUGUUUACUUUAUUUCAAUUUUGUUCUCAAACUUUCUCAAUGAGCUUCUUUGCGCUGUGCAUUCUCCUACUGUUGCUAAGAGAAAUAAUCAUUUGAGCACCAGUUACAGGCAGAACAUAAGUGUCAGAGCUUCACUACACUACACGCAUAGGCAUUGACAUCCAGUGUAUCUUGUGCCUUAGAACAGGGUUGUACUGGGAUCCUUAUCUCGGACGAUCUUCUGCAGCAGAUUAAUCAAAUGCAUUCCUUUCAUAUGAUCAUAAGAGAUAGGAACAGAAUUAAGCCAUUCAGCCCAUCGAGGCUGCCUGCCAUUCGAUCAUGGCUGAUCUAUUUUUCCCUCUCAACCUUGUUCUCCUGCCUUCUCCCUGUAACGCUUGAUGCCAUUACCAAUCAAGAACCUAUCAAUAUGUAGGAAAGAAUUGGAGGUGCUGGUUUACACCGACGAUUGACACAAAAUGCUGGUGUAACUCAGGCAGCGACUCUUGUAGAUCCCCUUGAUGGUGGGAAGGUCUGUACCCGUGAUGGACUGGGCAGUGGUCACCAGUUUUAUGUAUCUGUACACUGUGGAUGUUUCAAUUGUAAUCAUGUAUUGUCUUUCCGCUGACUGUUUAGCAAGCAAAUAAAGCUUUUUACUGUCCCACGGUACAUGUGGCAACUAACUUGGCCAGUGAAGGAGGUGAUGCUGGUGAUCUGCUGGUAAGUGUGAGGAUGACAUGAUGUCUUCCUGACAGGAAUGGAAUGGCUUAGGAUAUCUUAUCAUCUCAGGUUGUUACCCAGUGAAUUAAGCAUCCUUGGUGGAAGUAAUAAAUUGUUUGUUAAUCCUGCACACUUAUAAACCGUAUAAGACCUGACUCUCACAAUAUUGUAUUGUGUACACAUUCAGCUAAAGAUAAAGAACUGAAUUUCUGUUCUGCUAUGCUUGCAGCAUCAAUCAUCAAGAAUUCUGCACAGAUAUCACUGCCAGAAUCCUGAACUAAUUGCAGUGCAAGUUUCACCUCAUGUGAUCACUGAAGCAUUUUCAUUUGGAAUUCCAAGAAAAGGAACAGGCGUUUCGUGACAAAGAUUGCACCGGUCACAUCCUGAAGAUGUCAAGGCAGCUCAUCGAGGAGGGGCAGGAGGACCCAGCGGAAUACUGCAGCGGAGGUUACCAUCCAGUGAAAUUAGGGGACAUUUUUAACGGAAGAUACCAAGUAAUGAGGAAGUUGGGAUGGGGCUUUUACUCCACGGUGUGGCUUUGUUGGGAUCUGCUAAAAGAUAAAUAUGUGGCAGUGAAGGUGGCGAAGAGUGGAAGAGGGUUCACCGAGGCUGCCCAUGAUGAGAUCAGGCUUCUCAGAUGUGUGAGUUGGAAGAGCUCAAAGGAUCCAGACAAGGAGCGAAUUGUCCAGCUAUUAGAUGACUUUAUGAUAGUUGGUCUGAAUGGUGUUCAUGUGUGCCUGGUCAUUGAACUGCUGGGUAACCACCUUUAUCACUGGAUUAUUAAAUCCAAUUGGCAAGGACUGCCCAUGCCUUGUGUCAAAAGGAUCAUUCGACAGGUUCUCCAAGGGCUGAACUAUCUGCAUACAAAGUGCAAGAUUCUGCACAUGGAUAUCAAGCCAGAUAACAUUCUACUAUGUGUCAACCAGCAAUAUCUCAAUCGAUUAGCUGUUUCCAUGCAGCAGGGACCAGGAGAUGGAACACCAAGUCCAACAGGGGAAAUGAACACUGAACAAUCACUCCCGAACCCUUUGGAUCCUAAAUAUGCUGAAGAAAUAAGCGUAAAGAUCGCAGACCUAGGAAGUGGCUGCUGGACGUUCAAGCACGUCACUGAAGAGAUCCAGACGAGACCAUACCGAGCACUGGAGACCAUCCUUGGAGCUGGUUAUGGGCCUCCGGCGGACAUAUGGAGCACAGCCUGUAUGGCACUUGAGUUGGCGACAGGUGAAUACCUGUUUGACCCUCGACCCGGAAAGACCUUCUCCCAAGAUGAGGACCACAUUGCACAUAUUAUUGAACUGCUCGGGAGAAUCCCUUUGAAGUGUGCACUAUCUGGAAAGAAUUCCAAAGAUUUCUUCAACCCACAAGGUGAACUACGUCACAUCAAGACACUACGACCUUGGGGUCUUUAUGAUGUUCUCAUUGAGAAAUAUGACUUCCCGUUGAAUGAAGCAGCUAUUUUUUCAGACUUCCUUCAACAAAUGCUUAGCUUUGCGCCAGAGAAACGAGCAACUGCCGAACAGUGUCUCCAACACCCUUGGCUGAACAAUGAGAUCUACAACGACUGCUUCAGUUAGAUUUCUAUUAUCCAUUACAAUACAUGGUAGUGGAUAAUGGUGAUUGCAAGAGUCCCGGAAUUUGGCUUGAUGUGUUCUGUUCCGAAAUAUUUAAGGCAAUGAAAUAAAAUCAAAUACGAGAAAUGCAAAAUCAAAAUCAAAUAUACAUGUGAAAUUUUUGCAAAAGAUAUACAAGGCAAAUGUGAUCAUGCUGUGGAAUAAUUGGAUUGUAGCUCAAACUGUUCCCCUUGAGCAGGAGUACAACUUUCAUUCCUUACACCUGCUCCACCAUUUUAUAAGAUCAUGGCUAUCUUUUAUCUCACUUAUGCCACUUUCCUGCACUUCAAGUGAUUCCCUUGAAAUCCAAAAAUCGAUCAACUUAUAUCUUGAACGUACUCAGCAAUUCAGCAGGUGAACCCUCUUGGGCUGGGAAAGUCAAGGGUUGAUUAUCAUCUGGAUAAACUAAAUCUAAUCUAAACUAAACUAAAUCCCAUUCCCCCAUUUACUUCCCUGUAUUCUAUUCUCUCCCUUGUACCCAAUAACAUUUCCUGAUUCUCCUGUCAACCACCUGCUGGGGCAAUUUACAAUGGCCACUUAACCUAUCCACCAAUAUGCCUUUGUAGUGUUGAAGAAACCAGGAUCAU